CAUCCAUUUCCGGUCCGACGCGAGGGCGGUCCGGCCACCCCGGCGGACCCGCGGGUGGUUCCGGUGGCGGAGUCCGCGGUCAUGGCGGCGCCGGUGCCGACCGGGAGCCCCUGCCAGCUGGAGUUCACGGUGCAGAUGCGGUGCCAGGAGUGCGCGGACGCCGUGCGGGCGGCGCUGCGGGGAGCCCCCGGCGUGCGGCUGCUGGAGCUGCGGCUGGAGGCGCAGACGGUGCUGGUGGAGACGACGGAGGCGGCCGAACGCGUGCGGAACCUGCUGGAAAACUCGGGGCGCCGAGCGGUGCUGAAGGGAAUGGGGGGCCCCGGCGACGCGGACCUGGGGGCGGCGGUGGCGGCGCUGGCCGGCCCCGGCGCGGCGCGGGGUUUGGUGCGGUUCCUGCAGGUCUCGCCGACGCGGUGCGUGGUGGACGGCGCCGUCGACGGGCUCUCGCCGGGUCCCCACGGGCUCCACGUCCAUGAAUUCGGGGAUCUCUCGCGCCCCUGUGACAGCUGCGGGGGUCACUUCAACCCCGACGGAGAGCCCCACGGCGGACCCCAGGACCGGCACCGGCACGCCGGGGACCUGGGGAACAUCUGGGCCGACGCUGAGGGCAGAGCCAGCUUCCGCAUGGAGGACACGCGGCUGAAGGUGUGGGACAUCAUCGGGCGCUCGGUGGUGGUGGACGCGGGCGAGGACGACCUGGGCCGGGGCUCCCACCCGCUCUCCCGGGUGACGGGGAACUCGGGGCCGGGGCUGGCCUGCGGUGUGGUGGCCCGUGCGGCCGGGCUCUUCCAGAACCCCAAGCGCGUCUGCUCCUGCGAUGGCCUGACCCUCUGGGAGGAACGGGACCGGGCCACGGUGGCCCCCAGCCCCACGGCAGCUUCCAGCCCCACGGCGGCCCCCAGCCCCACGGCAGCCCCGGCCUCCCAUCUCUAGGAGCUACCCCAGGGACAGCAAUAAACGAUAACUGGCCGUGCGGCUCUCGGGAA